GGCAGAUCUUCCGGUUUCUUUGCUUUUGUUUGCUAUCUUCCACGCAACAACCGCGCUCGAUAACGUGUCAACGUUCUCAAAAUUUCUAUCACAAGAGACGCACAUAUACACCCACACCCUCCACUUGCCCCAACCUGUCCAGAGACUUUGCAGGACGUGAUUCUUCACCAAUCUCGUCGGUGCUUCUGUCACUCCGCUUAUCACGCGACAUCAUCAUCACACCACACUGACCACCGUGACAUGUGCUCAGCCUAGGACGAUAGUUUCCCACGAUCCUUCGGCCCCUCGUUUUCAUUCCUUAUUGUAUAGGGUUGUCGUCGUUGAACGCCAUGACCAUUAUCGACAAUCGUUGAUUUUGGGCACGAAUCCAACGACCUUGGUCAUAGAUCGUCCCCAAGAUGGCCUUCAACUUUAAUUGGUCUCCUCUGUCGACAGAUGUCGGGUUCCUUCCCCGGGCCCAAGAACUUCUCACCAAUGCUCUCAACCGGGCGGAUCCGAAGCCUGCAAUCAUCGUCGACGACAUUAUUGUCAAUGAACUCAACCUCGGCGAUGUUCCUCCAGAGCUGGAGAUCCUCGAGAUUGGCGAUCUCGCAGAAGACCGCUUCCGCGGCACAUUCAAGAUGAUGUAUCGAGGCAAUGCCUUUUUGACAUUGAAGACUAAAGUCCAAGCAAACCCUCUCAACACCUUCCUGGGAACUAGGUCGCCGUUUGCCGCUCCCCAACCAUUGGCUGCUGACACUGGACUCACGAUCCCACUUCAGAUCACCUUGUCGGAAUUUCGACUCUCUGGCUUCAUCAUCCUGGUCUUUUCUCGACAAAAGGGCUUGACGCUGGUGUUUCGAAAUGAUCCGCUCGAAUCGCUGCGAGUUUCUUCGACCUUUGACUCGAUCCCAUUCGUCGCAAACUUUCUACAAAAGGAGAUUGAAAAUCAACUGCGAGGCCUGUUGAUGGAUGAGCUUCCAGCUAUUAUACACCGGUUAUCCCUGCGCCUCUGGGUGCCAGACCACGAGACACGGGAAGAACGGGAAAUGAACACAACCAACAAGGCGAAUGACGAAGUGGUGAUUGAUCCUUUGGCCAGCCCUCCCCAGGAUCCUGUUGAUUCUACUGGUGCCGUAUUAAGUCCGUCAGAGAUCGCCGCACUCUCUCUAGAUUCGUCACUCGAGACGCAGUCGUUGUUUUCUCAAAAGAACUUGAUUCGACUAGCCACACUGACGGAUUCCAACCGCACUCUAUCGCUCUUCACGCCAACCAUCAGGGAAGCCGUAUUCCGGGCGUGUACUGGGCCGUUGGAAAGAGGCGAGAUGACUGGUCUACACAGUCGGAGCGCUACACCGGCAUUAUCGAGGACACAUUCGUAUGCCGCCAGUCUUAGUGCGGCUACAACAUCUACAUUUGACACUUCACCGCAGAGCCGGCCUGGGUUGUCCAGCUUCCAAUCAGCAAGUCAUGGGCUGAGCAUGGGCGGAGGCCGGCAUGGACAGGGUCAUCGCCCGCGCAAGAGGAAGAAGAGGGUAGUGAAUCUACGGCGACAGCCCGAGACUGGUGAGAUGGAGCUGAUCAGCGAAGACGGGUCGACGGCAGAUACGGCAAGCGUCGCUGAUAGUACGUCGGCACCUCGAUCAGUGUUGUCGGCUCCGGCAGCUACCACGGCAUCAGACCCUACACGAUCUCCAAACCCCGUGACACCGCCCCAAAGUCCGGCAGCCACGAGGCAUAAUUUGUCUUUGAAUGACGAUCACAUGAGGGGAGCACGAAGUGUUAGUCAGAAUGGGACAGCCUCGACGCCCUUGGUCGAAGAGCCUGCCGUGGACAUACAUAAAACACCCAGGGCAUUUCAUCGCGAUGCGACGAUACGUGUAAGGUCGAGGAAACCGCCAGCCAUGACAUUGGAUGACGACCCCACACCAAGAGGAUCAAUGCUUUUGCCAGAGCACACAGAGUUGAGCGGACAGAUGGCGAGCCAAAGGGCUACAGGUUCGUGUGACAAGAGCCCGAUCGAGAGCGAGGGCGAAGGCGGAUCAUCACGAGCGCCGAUCCCCAACUUCUUUCAAUUUGUGACCGACCCCUCAAAUGGGAGCAGCAUCGCUGAAAGGGCGUGGAUGAUGAAGAUGGCCAGCGAAAUGGCCAAGAGAUAUGAAGAGGAGAGAAGCAAAGGGAGUUUUGGGCCCUUUUCACCUUCUGCUGACGAGCGACACCCGCCACCAGCAUAUGCGAGGUGAGACGGAAUUGUCACAAAAGGCAGGAGGCGUUGAAAUUUGAAUGAUUGAGCGUGUUUGGAUGUAAUAAAAGUUUAACGAGGCAUACGAUAUCAUGGCAUAUGCGUGUAGAUGGGUAUGUGUGGGGCAGCGAUGUAUGCGUAAUGGAUUGGUUUGAAAGGAUUGGGGUUUCUAUAUAGUGUGCAUGAUGGACAGCGACCUUGGGUCUGACAACGAGUGUUUGUAGCCAUGUUGAGUGGCUGGUGUCCAGGAUGUCUUUGUUACACGAGCAGUAAGCGACAUUGUUGUCAUGGUAGGAAGAGUAGAACAUCCCUACAUAAAUAUAGCUACCUACCUAGGUACCCAGCGAAUGACCACUGUGCCCUGUGCCACUCAUUUGUCGAUGAGAACAUGUGUGGGAUGCCUAUGCGGGGCGAAUAAUGACUGAAGAUGAGAUUGAGAAGAGUUGCGUUUUGAGGGGCCCACUGGGGUGUGUCAGUGUGUAGAAGUUUGUGGGAUGUGCGAAAAGCCUUGGCUGUCAAGUUUUGUGGGCAGCAUGCUUGUCGAGUGGCUGUCGAUGUACAGAGUAU